CAUUAGUUUAAUUCAUUCAUCAGCUGAUCAAUAAUUUUGAUUUUACAAAAAUUUUGACAAAAAUAAUAAAAGUAAACAAUUAAAGUUAACAACUUUUAAUUAGAUUUUAAUUAACCUGUUAAAUCCUUAACAAUUUAGUUACAUUGAUCGAUAAGUGUUCAUCUUUACCUAUUUUGUGUUGUUGUUAAAUUUGUUUUCUCAACGUUGAGAUUUGUAAACGUUAACAAAUCAACAAAAUCGUUGGUUUCAAAUUUUGAUUUGGUUUUUUGUUUCGGAUUUUCUGGUUUUAUUUUGGUUUUCUGGUAAUUUUAUUUUCAUAUCAAUGGAUAUCAACAUGGAUAUGGGUACAUCGACCCUGGAAAAUUAUAUAAAGAGGAUUAUCUCUGGUAAAUCUUUACCUGAGAUUAAGGAUGUCUGUCAUUUCUCACUCAAAGAUCAGGCCAUUGAAUUGAAAGCAACCAAAGGAAUUGAAAGUUCAACAUGUAAAUUUACACCAAUCUGUAAACAGAGUAUAUUUUACAUCGUAACUGCGGUUAUAUUCAAUGAGAAAGAUGAACUUCUCAUGAUGCAAGAAGCUAAAAGUGAAUGUGCUGGAACUUGGUAUUUACCUGCAGGUAGAGUUGAACCAGGGGAGAAUUUGGUUGAUGCGGUUCGUCGUGAGGUCACAGAGGAAACGGGACUACAAUUUGAUCCAUUAACGUUAAUCUUGGUUGAGAAUGCGAAAGGUAAUUGGUAUCGAUUUGUAUUCACUGGUAUUAUUGUUGGUGGUCAAUUGAAAACGGUUUCACUUGCUGAUUCAGAAUCACUUCAGGCUUCAUGGAUUAGUGAUAUUAAUCAAUUGUCUUUACGAUGUCGUGAUAUAUUGCCCAUUAUUGAUCGAGCUCGAACUUAUUGGAGAGAAAAACUUUCCUGGCAUCGAUCAAUCUUACCUGUUAUUCAGAGUCAUGAUAAAAUUUUACUUCGUCUCAUCAUGAUAAUCAAAAAGAAGGCCAAUAAUCGAUUGCACGUUCUCGUUGGGGAUAAAGAUGGUAACCAUUUACCUGUUUGCGAAAUUAAUCCUCUUCGAAGUGUCCAUGCAACACUUAAGCGAUUCGUUCAGUAUAUAUUCAACAAUCAAGCACCACUUCAUCGUCCACACGGAAUCUUGUCCAUUGAACAUAGUGGUUUCCCUUUAACGGAAAAAGAUGGCCUGUGCUUGACUCUUCUUGUCUCUUGUGUUCUACCAAUGGAACAAUCAACUCCACGUGAAAAUUUCUCAUGGCAAGAAGUUAAUAUUGACACCGAAUCUCAACUUUUGGACAGUUUACCCAAAAAUCGAACCCUUGCUUUCCACAUCGUCUAAUUGGAAAAAGAACAAAAAAAUCCAACAAUUAACUUAAUUGUCUCUCUUUUAUUAUUAUCAACCUCUCUUCCUCUCUCUCUCUCUCUCUCUCAAGGCAAUUCUCAUUUUCAUUUUGAUAUUACAUGUAAAUCACUUCAUCUCCUUUAGAUCUGAUUCAAUUGCAAUUUCUAUUAAUUCAUCGCUAAUAAAUUGUCAUUAAUUUUUUUUAUUUACAAUCAUAAUUAUCUAUUGUAAAAGUUGGGAACAAUUAACUCACUGGAAAUUGAAAAUUUAGGCUAACAAAAUAUUCGUGGAGCUCCUGCUGCCAUCUAUCGGUGAACGAGAAAAAGUCAAUCAGCUGAUCGAGAAAUUUUAAUUCUCAUGUGGUUAUGUUGAUUUCUGAAAGUUUUCCCUAAUUGUGUUUAUCACCUUAAUUGUGUUCCAAUUUUUUAAUUUUGAUUAACCAUCAAUGUAGUAAUUAAAUUGUCUCUUCUUCUAUUUUGUA